AUGAAUAUAAACCUGUUAAAUUUACCGGCGGCCAUCUGCACGAUCGUUUUCAGGAAGAUCCUCGACGCACAGCUGGGAGGAAGAUUCGCUUCGGGCAGGAUCGUGACGAGAGGACCUUGGCACAUCGAAGAGUACAUCAGUCCGAACGUCCUGUACAUCUACGUGAUCGGAGCGGCCCUCACCUUCCUUGGAAACCAUCUUCGACGAGGCACCAUCUUCAAGAUAGCCGACUCGUGCACCCGUCGAGCCAUCACACUGCGCGACAAAUGCCUACAGAAGAAACGAUGGCUUAAGAGGAACCGGUCCUGGGUGUUGAAAAAUCUUUUAAGCUCUCGCGAAAAUCAAGUCAAGGCCUUGAACUAUCUGAGCUGCUCCAUACCGAAUCCGGACCUGGUGCAGGAGCAUUUGCCCACGACGGCGACAACAGCUGCACCCUGUUUGACGCAACCGCGCGAUGUUGGUGAGAUCAGCAACGCAACUUACUUCACCGCGUCCAAGGACGAAGAUAAUCCUCCAUCCGGAGAAGUCAUCCAAUCGGUGGACGAUAUGAAGAUCAGGACGGAAAAGCCGAGGAGGCGAAGGCGCAGGAAGCGACGCGGCAAACGGCAGCAGAGCUUAGAUCGAGGCGAUUGUCCCAGCGAUGAACAGAAGGUACAGGAGAGUGGAAGCUGCGGUUCAACGAUGGACGUCUACACCAAAUCUGUGAUUAGGGAGCUGAUACCUAGCGAUUACUCGGAGGAGUCUGACACAGACACCUUUCAAAUACCUGAGAUCCGGAUGCCCGUCACUGCUGCUGCAGGUACUGCUGUUAACACCACCUCCAAGAAGAUCCGACCCAUCACGAACAGAGGGUACAGACGGGAGGGUAAGAAACACUCGAACUUAUCUCUGGUCCGGAAGACACGCAGCGGACGCAUCUACGGUUUCAGGGAGUACGCGCUGCACUCGUAGA